AUGGAUACUGCCGACGCUAUCAUCGAAGCUGAGAUCGAUCUCGACGCCGAAGCGCUGCAGCGCGAACAACAACGGGAUAAACUCCACCGGGGCGAGCCAGCCGCGAGGGUUUCGAAGGGAGGCGUGAGAGUGAAAGCAUCGCCUGAAGAGCAAGGAGAUAACGACGCGGAUGAAGAGUCGCCUUUGUUAGAACGAUCCAGGAGUAAUGGCGAGGAAGAGGAAGACAGACGGCCGUCAUGGCCGGGCAGCAUCGAUUUCGAGCAUCUCCCGUGGUACAAACGCCCCUCGAUCUUCUGGGUCAUCGGCCCGUUCUUCAUCAUGGCGUGCGCGUUUGGAGGAAUCGUGACGCCCAAGUUGAACUUGAUCCUCGAGCUCAUCUGUCGCGAGUACUUCUCCGAGCGGGUGAUCAACGAGCCGGGGUUCACGAUGAUUCCUGUGGAUUUUAACAAUGGGGAUAAUGACCAAUGUCGCAUUGAUGAUGUGCAAUCGCGGGUUGCGCAGUUCACGCUGUGGGGGAAUUUGAUCUCUGGGAUUUUGGCGGCCAUUAUGAGUCCUAGGCUGGGGGCUCUUUCUGACAGGUAUGGACGGAAACCGGUGUUGAUUGCUACGAGUGUGGGCACAAUUGCGGGUGAGGUGAUUACGAUCUUUGCCGCGAAGUAUCCGCAGACGUUCCCUGUGCCGGUGUUGUUGCUCAGCUACGCUUUCGAUGGGUUGACGGGAUCGUUUAUCGUGGCCAUGUCCAUGUCGAAUGCGUAUGCUACGGACUGCACGCCACCGAGUCGAAGGAAUGUUGCGUUUGGAUACUUCCAUGGAUGUCUGUUCACGGGUUUGGCGCUGGGACCGAUCAUCGCAGGGUACAUCGUGGAAUGGACGGGCCAGAUUGUGACAGUCUUCUACAUCCUCACGGCGGUGCAUGUGGUGUUUGUGCUAUUCGUGACGAUCCUCGUGCCGGAAUCGCUGUCGAAGAAGAGGCAGCAACUUGCGAGGGAGAAGCACGAGCUCAUGGAUUCGUUGCGAGGGCCUGAAUGGGAUAUGGUCAACAGACUGCGAUCCGUCAAUCUUUUGGAGCCGCUCAAGAUUCUGCGACCUACUGGCCCUGGAAGCAGCCCAGCUCUGCGACGAAACCUGCUGGUAUUGUCGGCGGUUGACACCAUUGUCUUUGGCGUUGCUAUGGGCAGCUUGACGGUGGUCGUCAUCUAUAUGAACAUCCAGUUCGGCUGGAAGACUUUUGAGUCGGGACGCUUCAUGACGAUAGUCAACAGUUGUCGAGUGUUCUGCUUGCUGGUCAUCCUCCCAGCAGUCACACGUCUCGUCCGUGGCAAACCCGACCCACACAACCACAAGAGCCAUGGAUGUGACCGGUUUGACCUGGCUGUCAUCCGUGUCGCCAUUCUCUUCGAUGUCAUCGGAUACUUGGGCUACACGCUUUCCAGAUCCGGCCUGCCAUUCGUUCUCUCUGGUGUGGUUGCUUCGAUGGGUGGGAUUGGAUCGCCCACUUUGCAAUCAUCCCUCACGAAGCACAUCCCCGUGGAAAAGACAGGCCAGCUAUUGGGAGCGGUUGGUCUGCUGCAUGCUCUCGCGAGAGUUGUGGCGCCGGCUGUCUUCAAUGCCAUCUACUCUGCCACGGUGCACAGCUUCAGGCAGACGGUCUUCGUAUGUUUGUGUUCGACGUUUGGGUUGGCGUUUAUCGUCAGCUGGUUUAUUCGGCCACACCUCUACUUCGACGAGGACGCCGCCACAGACGCCGCGCACGACGAAGCCCUGCACGAAGCACCCGCAGAACGAGGUCGAGUCCCCAUCGUCAACGCUGUCAGUGAUGCGUCAUAA